CUUUUUGUUUUUCAACUUUUCAACUGUUUUAAAAUUUUAGGUUCUUCGAUUUCUCAAAUUUACAGUUCUUCUAUAUUUCAAUUUUUCAAUUUUCGAUUUUCCAAUUAUCCGACUGUUCAAUUUACAAUUAAAGAAUUAAUUCUUAGUUAAACGAAAAAAUAGUUGCACGUCAAAAUCGAGUGAAACAUGUGAGAUGUGAUAUUAUGUUUGUAAAUAAAAGCAUCUAAAUAAUAACUAUUUCCAGCAGAAAUUCUAAACGCUUAGAGUCGACUUUGGCCUGAGCGCGCUCCGGUCUGAGGAUCAAACAAGUUCUCAGGCGACGAUAUAAUGCCAAAUUUCUCUGCAAAUAUAUUGCGCAUAUAUAUGUACAUGAUUUUUUCUGCAUAUAAUUCCGAGCUUUAGAUAUAAUUCACCUGCUUAUGAUCUACUUUCUGUGCUUCAUUUAAUGACGGAUCGUGGUACUAAGACGGACUGGGGAGAGUUUUGGAGUCGUAUGGGUACUCCGUUGACAAGAUUGAAGGAGUGUAUUUUGGAUAGUUAUUUUUGUGUGUUUAUUCUCUUCAAACCAAGCGUGUAGUAAAUGUUGCCUACCCACUCGCACCGACCCAAGUGAAAGUAAACUUCAUUUUAAUCAGUGAUGUGGUUCGUGGAAUGCGGACCCAUUAGUGCACACAAAUUAACACUCCAACAAUUCUAGGCUAGUAACAACUGAUUCAUGUGUUAUUAUCAUGAUCCCCGUUAUCGCCACUCAAAGUGACUUUUUAAAAACCGAACUGUUUCAAAAAUGACCACACUAACCCGCGACGAGUGUGACCUCAUAGUCAAAAAACACCUUGACACUGACGACGUUAUUGUCUCCGACUUCGCACUACAACCACUAGGGGGCGAAAACUUCGAACUCAAGAUCAACAUCUACGAGAAACAAGUAGCCAAAAGUGUGACAUUUUUUGUCAAAACGGGUCCAAACGUAGCACAAACCUUGAACACGAAUUUUUCCCCGAAACUCUACCUCAAAAAAGACAACCUAGCCGUCUAUGAACAUCUAGGGCAAAAUUUUGAAACCCGUGGACGCCUACUGAACACCGAAGAGCUACAAAUCGUUCUAAAAACAUUGGCGGCGUUCCAUGCAUCAAACUUCGUCUCUGAGCUAGAUCACUCGAAUUUUGAUCUAUCGUCACCCGCGGUCACAAGUUUGUUGUCGUCGCUGCUAGAAAAUGAAGCCCAGGUGUCCAAAACCAUCAAAAAUCUGCGCCAAAAACAACUCGAGUCGAAAUUCAGACGAACUCUGUGUCACGGCAACCUGACUAAUCAAAACUUGAUGUUCAAAAACGACAAAGGAGCUGUGACUGAUUGUAGAUUGUUGAACUUCAAAGCUAAUUUUUGCGUACCUCCGAUCUACGACGUUCUUCAGUUGAUUUUCUUCAAUACGAACGAAGAUUUGAGGCAGAGUCACUUCCAGGCUUUGCUCGAUUAUUACUAUGAGUGUUUGAAAGAAGAAACGACGAAGGGUGACUUGGACGUCACUGUCGACGAUUUUCGAUUAAGUGCCCAUUAUUAUCUACCUGUGGUUAAAUUACAAGCUGCGCUUCACCACCAAAACGAGACGAGUGUACAAGAGUUGAAAGAAAUUCUAGCUUAUCCGUUGCUUUCCAAAGAAGAUUGCUAUGUGAUUGUCAAAAAUAAAAUCAGAACUACCAACUACCAGUUUCUGUGUUAUAAAGUGACACCGCUGAGUGAUGUUAGUGGAUUUUUGGGUCAAUACCACAAACUACAGAUCAAAAUUCGUCUUCAGUUGGACGAAACGACUGUCAAUUGCUUCAUUAAAUCAGUCCCAAGACUCGGUAUUUCUAUGGACAUUGCCAACGAUCUUAACAGUUUUUCAAGAGAAUUCUUCGUCUAUGAAACAAUAGUCGCACAAAUGCUAAAGCACGAAAUUAACAUCAUCAACGACUGCAUACCACCAUGCUACUUUUACAGACCCAAAGAGUUCAUGCUCUUUGAAAACAUGGCUCUUCUCGGCUACCAAAAUUUAGACGCUAUGGAACCUCUAAAUUUCAACAUGCUCACUUUGUUGGUCAAAACGUUGGCCAAAUUUCACGCUUGUUCUCUCCUUCUUGAAGAAAAAAUCUCUCAAAAGGAAGGAAAACCCUACUCUUUGUACAACUCCUACAAAGAAUAUUUCACCGAACCCCUGUUCUUCGAGGACGAGAAACACAGAGGUGCCAGACAGUCAGCAACUGGACUCAAAGCAGUCCUAGCCGCCGUCAAACUCUUAACAGACAUCCAAACUCCAACAAACCAACGCAACUUUGACGCAUUUUGGCCAAAAUUCAGACAGUUGUACUACACAGUGGCCAGACCCUCGGACCGUUUUCGAAAUGUGUUGUGCCAUGGAGAUCUGUGGACCAGCAACAUGAUGGUCAAAUACGAAGACGGCGAAGCUGCUAAUUGUGUCUUGUUUGAUUUCCAAAUUGUUAGAUAUUGUCCUCCUGUUUAUGAUCUGCUUUCGGUGCUUUAUUUAACCACACAUCGUUCCACAAGACUGAAGUAUGAAGAUGAACUGGUUCGAACUUACUACGAUGAAUUGGGGCGGAUUCUGGACUCGUAUGGGGUCGAUGUUGAGGAUUUUUAUUCGUAUGGGGAUUUUCUGGAGUGUUUUAAUUAUAUCAGGCCUCAUAUGUUGAUGCAUGCGGCGUAUGAAUGUACUCAGACCAUGUGCACACCCGAAGAAAUUUCGGCCUUUGUGAGCGAUGAAGAAGCAUUAAACCAAAUGUUUUUUGGAGAUCGUACCGAGUUUAUGACGGUCAUGUGUGAAAAAUCUGAGUUGUAUAGAAACAGACUGAAGGAAUGUAUUUUGGAUAUUUAUGAUUACUGUGAUUCUAUGUGUGGUAAAUAAAUCUGAUUUAUUUUGUUUGUAUCAUUUAUUUAAUAUUAUUAAAAAUUAUAAAAGUU